AUGCUGUCGCCGCAGCAACGUGGGGUAUCUAGGGUCCAUACUCUUAUCACGAUUGUCAUUCUCGUAAGAGAGGAUUCUACCUCUGAUUGGACGGUGGUCAGGGAAAAGGUCGUGGAGGUCCUAGACAGCAUGGGGUUACAUCGUGUUGCCGUUGAGAUACGUCGUGGGUCUCUUCUACAAUUCCACAAUCGCCUCCCAGUGGAGGGAUUUCUCACCCAGAAUGGCCGGAGUUUAGAGCCACGUAUGGGUGGAACUAUUGGCCCUCACUCCUCAACUUUCUCUUCAUCUACCUUUGGGGGUUCCUUGGAAGUACAACGUCCUUCUGAGGGAUGGAAGCGCUAUGGGUUGACGAAUCAUCACUGCGUCACUGCACUCAAAUCCACUGCAGACUGGGAUAAGCACGGAAUUAUGCCCAAUGAUCCUUCGGUUUUGCGCAACGAGAAGCAUGUCUAUGAAUACGCUCGGACUGAAAUCUCACACUGGAGGGGUACAUUAGAUCAUGCUCGGGAGUAUUACCUGCGUGAUCAGCUGCUUCUUGGAAAGGUAUACGCAUCUUCCGGAUAUCGAAUGGGCACCAACAAACGCAUCUUAGACUGGGCUUCAUUGGAAGUGGAAAGCAAGCGUGUCUCCGAGAACAAGUUACCUUCAAUCGACGACAUUCCUAGGGGUUCCCCUGCGUUAUACCUGACUGCAAAAGAGGUUUUAGAUGGGCCUGCUGCUCCGCACGAAGAGAUGGGGGUCUGCAAGAUCGGCCGAAAUACUGGGUUUUCGGAAGGGAUGCUGGGUGCAAUCACCGAGACAGAUAUCCAAUGUUGGUUCCGGGAUGCGAAUGGUAACUGGGUUAAAAGCCGAGGGCUUGCAUUUCUUGUUCACCGAAAGGCUCCUCGACUUACUUUUGGAAAACCAGAAGAUUCUGGAUCGUUCAUCUUCAGCCUCGAAGGCUCGUUUAUUGGGCUGUACAUGGGGGUGACUUAG